CAUGGAGCGGCCCCCGCGGAGGCGGCUGCCGGACUCCAACGCCCGGUACCGGGAGCGAAGCUUCUGGGAGUCGCGGUAUCGAGACGAGGGGGCCGAUCCGACGGAGUGGUUUGGGGGCUUGGAAUGCUUCCGAGAGCAGCUGGAGACAGCGCUGAAUCCAGGUGACCGGAUCCUGGUACUGGGCUGUGGAACCAGCGCUCUGAGCUACGACCUCUUCCAGCUCGGAUAUGCCGAUGUCACCAGCAUAGACUACUCAGGCACAUGCAUCUCAAGCAUGCAGAGCUGCUAUGCUCAUUGCCCGGGCUUGCACUGGGCAGUGAUGGAUGCCCGGACGUUGAACUUUGUGGACGGGAGCUUUGACGUCAUCUUGGAGAAGGGCACUUUGGAUUCCAUGAUGGUGGAAGAAAAAGACCCCUGGAACGUCUCUCAGGAAGCCCGAAUGCUUCUUGACCAGGUGCUAACGGAGGUCAGCAGAGUCUUACGGCCAGGCGGGCGGUUCAUCUCCAUCACUUUUGCUCAGCCACACUUCCGGAAGCGCCACUACGCCCAGCCCGCCUACGGCUGGUCCAUCCGGCAUGCCUCAUACGGCGAGGGCUUCCAGUAUUUCCUGUAUGUCAUGACAAAGGGAGAGGCGCUGUCCCUGCCAGACCAGGCGCUGGGCCGGAGCCUCCACCUGCGCCCUGCCAGCCCCCCACCGGUGUGCCGCCUCCAAGACUCGGACGAUGAAGACUACCUCUCCGCCAUUGAACUGUGAGCCUCGGGCAGAGGAGGAGGAGGAGGGUGGGGCGAGGGGCCGUGGGAAACUGUCCCCGUACCCAUCUACCUACCGUUCAGCCACCAGUGCCAACACUUCUCCAGUGACUUUGGGCGAUUCCUGCAUCUUCAGUCUUGAUUUUUUUUUAAAAAGGAAUGCUUUCUCUGCAGUUGGCGACGGGAGCCAAUUCCCUGUGGAACUGGAUGGGAACGUUUUCUGCUGCCAGCUCCACUGCAGGAGAAGAACAUUUUUUCCCCUCCUCUGAAUAUUCUCUUCCGUUUGCACCUUGGAGUGGCACAGGGUGUUAGAAUCUCUGGGACUGUUUUUAAUCUUACCACUGUGCCAUGAUGUUUUCCCCCAUUUCUAAUGGGGUGGUGCUUGGGGGUAUGCUGCAGUUUCUCAGCAGGUCUUGGGGCCAGCCAUUCCCUC